GCCUACGGACCCUGAGGUUGUCGAAGCAAUUGAUGUGCUCCGUGAUAUACAGAUCAUUUUAAUUCGUUUAAGGAGAUAUACCAGGUUUGGAAUUUCAGAAAAAAUGACGGCCAAACCCGCAUCCGCGGUGGUGAAUGUGGGAGCUCCAAACCAAACACUAUACUGCACGAAUCUUCCAGAUAAACUUAAAAAGCCAGAUUUGCGACUAGCCCUGUACACCCUCUUCUCAACCUACGGCACAGUCCUCGACAUUGUCGCGAUGAAAACGGCAAAGAUGCGCGGCCAAGCUCACGUUGUAUUCAGAGAUAUUCAAGCCAGCACUCAAGCUAUGCGAGCAUUACAGGGUUUUGAGUUCUUUGGCAAAGAGAUGAAAAUCGUGUAUGCGAAAGGCAGUUCAGAUAUAAUAGCAAAGCUCCGAGGUACAUAUAACACAACAGCAACCGCACCGGCGCCUGGCGUAUCUACCGAACUUCAAAAAUCCAUAUUCAAUGCUCCCCCUUCGGCUGUGGUCUCCGCUAGUACAACGGUAAAACCUGUCGCAUCCGAAUCGCAACCAACGAGCGAGGGUCAACAGGGCGUCAAACGACCCCGUGAAGAAGACGAGAGUGAAGGCGAAGCACCGAUGGAGGAAGACGAUAGCGACGUCUCUAUGGAAGCAUCAUCUGAUGAAGAUUAAAACCAACAAAUUAUUCAUAGGACGUAUAUUACAUUUUGCGGUCGACAAAGGAGGGGGAAAAAAGGACAUUGCACCCGCUUUCUUGGGUCCUCUUGCUCAUUCGUCCUUCCUUUCUUUUCCAAAAGGGAGCCUAGCUUUUGAAGAAACUUUCCCCGCUUUGUGGAUUUCGUCUCUCGAUCAGGAUUUCGCUCGGAACAUGCAAUCCCACACAAUUCCCCACUAAGCCAAGCCACAAGAGCAGAUACGUCUCCGCGGUUACUUCUGGUUUACUCCUUGCUAUGUCCCUCAAUGCAUCUGGGGUGUUGCAAGGGUGAACAAAGUAUACCGGAAGGUCCGAUAGGGGGUGAUGCUACAGUUUAGUUAGCGUUCUUUUUAUCUUCUUUCUUACUUGAUGGACAAGGGUUGGCUGUAGAGACAUGGCGGGGAGAGAAGAGGAGGGGGGAGAAGGGAAGGGAGAAGGCAAGAAGAGGUACAAUAUCAAACAUACCCCGAUGCUCAGACCGCCCAAUAUGCCAACGCUUUUUAGUUCCGAUCGAUACGGUGCGGGAACAAUACGAUUGUAAAUUAGAUCCAGAUGACGAUCUGGACUUUUAGCAGACUUGCCACUGCUGUCGUUUUUGGUGUCGUGCAGGAAGAAAUACAGGAUCGGGACUUGAUACGUAGGGGACAGCAUAAUAUUGUACUCUACUUGCAGGUUCGUGCAUGCUUGUCGAAUGAGCUCUUCCUGUGUACCACGCACAUUGUCAGAAUCGACCCCGCAGUGAACGACCAUGCUUGAUCAUUUGCUUUUUCGUUUCUUUCUUUUUCUUUUUUUUUUCCAUUUGAAAAGAGAAAGCCCAAAGCUACGUGGAGGAGCAUGUACGAACGGGAUCAUUAUCAUUAUUAACGUCAUCAUCAUCAUCAUCAUUGAGCUCGACAAUGUCAGCCGUAUCAUCGUCAUCCUCUUCU